GGAGCAUGGAUAGUGUGCCUGGCUGGCUGAGGAAGCUACGGGACCUCGGACAGAGCAGUGCUGGCAGAGACCGGUAGGAGCGAGAGGGAACUCCAGAUUGGCUGCUGGGACUCAACCAGGGCAGGACUCUGCGAACUGUCUCAACAAACAGCAGCUCCUGGCUGCCAUCCGCCAAAUGCAGCAGUUCUUAAAGGGGCAGGAAACGCGGUUUGCAGAGGGAGUGCGCGUCAUGAAGACCCGGCUGAUAACUCUGCAGAACUCGGUGACGAAAGCCACCCCGGACCCACAAUCCGUGUCCUGCCCUGCACUGGAUGCCCCCGUGGAUGGCAGAAGAUUUGGUACCAAGUACUUUGUGGACCAUGAAGUCCAUUUCACCUGCGAACCUGGUUUUCAGCUCACUGGUUCCAGCACCCGAGUGUGUCAGGCAAAUGGCAGCUGGACUGGAGAAGCACCACGGUGCAAAGUGAUCAGCAAAUGCUCGAGCCAUCCCUGCCAGAAUGGUGGAACUUGUGUGGAUGGAGUGAACCAGUACAAAUGCACUUGUCCUCAAGGGUGGACCGGUGAGAACUGCCAGUACCAAUCACAAACAGCCCCACCUGGAUGGAGUGUUACAAAUGACCCAGCUUUCAGUCGCAAGCCCCGCUGUGCCAAAAUCGACAGGACCCAGCACUGCAGCUGCGAAGCCGGCUUCCACAUGAGCGGCACGGCCGACAACAGCAUAUGUCAGGAUGUAAACGAGUGUGAGGUUUACAGCCUGGAGGGAGCCCCUCGUCUGUGCAUGUACGCCUGUGUCAACGUUCCCGGCUCUUACCGCUGCUCCUGCCCCAGCGGGUACAAGCUCCUCGGAGACGGGAAAAGCUGUGAAGAUAUAGACGAGUGCAGCCUGUCCCAGCACAACUGCACCAGGGGCAUGACGUGCAUUAAUACAGGAGGAGGCUUCCAGUGCGUCAGCGCCGAGUGCCCUCGGCCCAGCGGCAAUGCCAGCUAUGUGAAAACAUCGCCAUUCCAAUGUGAACGCAACCCCUGCCCAAUGGACAGCAGAUUGUGCCAUCAUGCCCCAAAGUCCAUCUCCUUCCAUUAUCUCCCUCUGCCUUCCAAUCUAAUAACCCCCACCCCUCUCUUCCGCAUGGCAACUGCCUCCGCCCCAGGCCGGCCUGGGCCCGACAGCCUGCGCUUCGGAAUCAUUGGAGGCAACAACCGAGGGCAUUUUGUGAUGCAGCGCUCCGACCGGCAGACGGGAGAACUGAUCCUUGUGCAAAGCCUGAAAGGACCCCAAACCAUCGAGGUGGAAGUGGACAUGUCCGAGUAUCUGGAUCGCACCUUCCAGGCGAAGCAUGUCUCCAAGAUCACAGUCUUUGUGUCUCCCUAUGAGUUUUAAAGAAACGUAAUUUCUGCAAGUCAGCAAAUAAACAGCCACAAGGACUGUUCCUGUU